AUGGAGACGGACGAGGAGUUCCAGCUCGCGCAGCGCCGGCUCAAGGAGGAGGGUCAGGCGGCGCUCACCAGAGAGGAGCGCGCGCGGAGGAGGCGCGCGUUGGACGGCCUCGACGUACCGCACUUCGACGAGUUUGUCGUCCGCAACGGCGCCGACGCGCUCGUGCGGAAGCCCACGACCAUCCUUCAGGUCAACAUCGGCCUGUACUGCAACCAGGCGUGCUCGCACUGCCACGUGGAAUCCUCGCCCCUGCGCGAUCGCGAGGUGAUGUCCAAGCGCACCGCCGAUCGCCUCGUCGAGCUCAUCGACGCCGCGGAUGGAUCCGUCGCGACGCUGGACAUCACCGGAGGAGCCCCGGAGCUCAUGGAGCAGUUCCGCCCCCUGGUCCUCGCCGCGCGGGCGAGGGGCGUCGAGGUCAUCGACCGGUGCAACCUCACCGUGCUGUACGAACCGGGGCAGGAGGACCUCCCGAGGUUCCUCGCCGAUAACCGCGUGAAGGUUGUCGCGUCGCUGCCGUGCUACUCGGAGAGCAACACCGACGCGCAGCGAGGCCGCGGCGUGUUCCAGCGGUCCAUCCAGGCUUUACGGGACCUCAACGCGGUGGGGUACGGCGUGGAGGGUACCGGGUUGGAGCUGGACCUGAUGUACAACCCGGGCGGGGCGUUUUUGCCGCCGGCGCAGGAGAAGCUCGAGGUUGCGUACAGGUCCGAGCUCGGCGACGCAUACGGCGUGUCGUUCACGCGGCUCAUAACGCUGACCAACAUGCCCAUCAAGCGGUUCGCCGAUCAGCUCCACAGGGAGGGCAAGACGGAGGAGUACAUGAAGCUCCUGGUGGAAAACUUCAACCCGGCGGCGGCGAACGGGGUGAUGUGCAGGGAUUUGGUUUCCGUGAGCUGGGACGGCCGCCUGUUUGACUGCGACUUUAAUCAGCAGCUCGACAUGCCGAUGCCGAGGGAGAAGGGCGAUAAGGGCAGCGGGCCGCUGACGGUGUUCGACGUCGACGCGCUGGCGAUGCUGACGGGGAGGAGGUUGGCGGUGGACAAUCACUGUUUCGGAUGCACGGCGGGCGCGGGAUCGUCCUGCUCUGGCGCCACGGCGUAG